UGGCAUUAUAAAAUUAUGCUUCUUCCCUAACCGUCAUAAGUAAUACGGAGUAUAAAAACACGAAUUCCAUAAGAAAAAAUUUCGAAUAAAAUGAAGACUCAAAACUCAUUUUGGGUCUUUAUUUCUUUGCUUCUUCUUAUCCCCACAGCAUGCAACGCCACAGCCAAUAUAUUCGAUUUCCAACAAUGUAUGAUAUAUAAUUCCCAGAACGAUUCCUCUGUUUCCGGCGACAUCUACACCGCAAAUAGCAGCUCCUUCGCCUCCAUCCUAGGAUCACGUAUCCAGAACAGCCGGUUCAACACCUCGGACACUCCGAAACCUCUCAUCCUAGUCACUCCCCGCGAAGAGUCUCACGUGCAGGCGGUGAUUCGUUGUGCGAAAGACCAAGCAUUGCAGGUUCGGGUGCGGGGAAACGGCCACGAUUACGAAGGCCUUUCUCACACGAGCUACUUCGGGAACCAGUUCUUGAUGCUUGAUCUGGUCAACUUCAAGAACAUCACGGUGGAUCCCGUGGAGAAGACGGCGUGGGUGGGCGGGGGUUCCACAAUCGGGGAACUGUAUUAUAGGAUUUCGGAGAAAAGCGGGACUCUUGGUUUUCCGGCGGGCGUUUGUCCCUCGGUCGGUGUUGGCGGUCAUUUCAGCGGCGGCGGAUAUGGUACGAUGUUGAGGAAAUACGGUCUGGCGACGGAUCACGUGAUAGACGCGCGUUUGGUCGACGCGAAUGGGAGAAUCCUUGACCGAGGGUCAAUGGGGGAGGAUGUAUUUUGGGCUAUUAGAGGAGGGGGAGGGAACACUUUUGGUGUAAUUCUUGCAUGGAAAGUAAGCUUAGUUGACGUGCCACAAAAUGUGACUGUUUUCAACGUUAUGAAAGCGGUUGACCCAAACGUGACAAAUCUUGUGUACAAAUGGCAAACAAUUGCUCCUACUUUACCUAAAGAGCUAUUCAUUAGAGUGAUUGCAAAUGGAUUAAUGAGUAAAGAAAAGACAUUUAUCAUUUUCAACUCAUUGUUCCUCGGACCAAUGGAAGAAUUGCUUCCAAUUUUGGACCAAAGGUUUCCCGAGUUAGGGGUAACUCGGGAAAACCUGACCGAGUUAAGCUGGGUUGAAUCGGUCUUAUAUAUUUACGGGUUCCCGAAUUCACCCCUUACUGAUUUGUUAAAUGUUACCUCUAACCAAGGAAAACCGAAUUACUUUAAAGCCAAAUCUGACUUUGUGAAGAAGCCAAUCCCUUUGGAAGGAUGGGAAGGGGUUUGGGAUUUAUUGCGUCAAAAUUAUUCUGGUUUGAUUAUAUUAACUCCAUACGGCGGAGUAAUGGAGGAGAUUCCGGAAUCUUCGACUCCUUUCCCUCAUAGAGCUGGAAAUUUGUACAAAAUCCAACAUUGGGUGAGUUGGGUUCAAGAUGGUAGUGAGGCCUUUGAGAACCACAUUGGAUGGAUAAGAAGGUUUUAUGAUUACUUUGCUCCAUUUGUUUCUACAUCUCCCAGAGAAGCAUUUGUAAACUAUAGAGAUCUUGAUAUUGGACAAAACUAUAAUCUUAACUGUUCCAGGUAUGAUGAUGCUAAGGUUUGGGGGAGCAAAUAUUUCAAGAAUAAUUUUGAUAGGUUAGUUCGGGUUAAAACCAUGAUUGAUCCCCAAAACUUUUUUAGGAAUGAGCAGAGUAUUCCUCCCCUUACAUGUUAAUUAAUACAAUAUCGAUCUCUUAAU